AUGAGAAUUUGUGGUUACUUAAAAAGAUGGGCAUUUUAUGGUCCAUAUGAAUAUACAUAUAUUUUAUGUGUUGGAAAAAAAAAAAGAAUAAAUAAUUUCUCAUCGAGAAUGUUAUAUAGUACGAGUGAUUUUCAAAAUAAUAUGAUAAAGAGCUUUGAAAAUAUGAAUGGUUUAAAUAUUAGUUAUAGUAUUAAGAAGAGUGUUAAAUAUGGUUAUGUAAAUAAGAAAAUGUUUGAACAUUAUAAUAAUUUAAUAAAAAAGUUUUAUUAUAAUUUUAGAUUUGAAGAUAUUAUUUUAAUAUUACAAUCAUAUGCUUUAAGUAAGGAAAGAAAUUUUGAAGUAUAUUCUCUUUUAUCAAAUAAAUUAUUACAUAUAUUUAAAAAUAUGAAUGAAGAACAAUAUGAUCAACAUGUAUAUGAUAAUAUUUAUAAAUAUAUUUUAGCUAGUCAACAAUUAAAUUAUAGUGAUUAUGAAAUUAUUACUAUUUUUUUAAAAAUUAUAAAAAAUAAUUUACAUAUUUAUGGUCUAAAAAAAAUUUCUAUUAUUCUUCAUUCUUUGUCAAAACUAAAAAUUCAUGAUGAACACUUAUUACAUAUAUCUUCAAUUUAUAUAUUAAAUAAUUUUCAACAUAUGAAAUGUAAUUAUGUAAGUCAUAUUAUAUCAGCAUAUUCAAAACAUGUAAAUCUUAAAUUUUUACAAUUAUAUAUAAAACUAUUACAAUAUAUUUUUGAAAAUAUAAAAUAUAUGGAUUCAUUAUCUAUAUAUAAUACACUCAUACAAAUCAAACCCAUCAUACAAAUGAUAGACACAAAUUAUAUGUCUAUUUAUAAGACUGAAGAUAAUAAUGAUGCAUUGCAAAAUUUAAGCAAUCAAUCAUAUUCAUCCACUCUAGAGCAUAAUAUAUUGAAACAAAAUGUAUAUGAUAAACAUAACAUUUGCAAUGGAAAUGAACAGUGUGAUAAGCACAUCGAAAAAGUACUACAAAAUGGUAGAGAGUAUAUAAUUGAUUCUACAUGUGAUAUUAAUAAUAUUAAUAGACAUAACAAUAUGUAUGAUCAUUCUAAUUUAAAAAAUAUACAAAUAUAUCAAUCCAAACAUACACAUACAAAUUCAUACCCACUAAAAGAUACAUACGAAAAAGAUAAAAAAUAUGAUGAAACAAAUAAUAUAAAUAUAUCUUACAAUAAUUCAGAUCUUUUUUCAAACGAUUCUUAUUGUCAUUUAGAUGAUACAUUAAAUAUAAAUAAUAUUAAUUUAGAACAAAAUAAUUUACAUUUAAAAAAAGAAAAAAAAAUUGUUCAAAAUAUUAUACCUUUACUAUUUUCCAAAGUAAAUAAUUGUUUAGCCUUUUUGUCAUUUAAACAGCUAGUCAAACUUGCAUGUGCAUAUAAAGAAUUCAAUUAUUUUAAUUAUAUUUAUAUAUAUAAAAGGUUAUUACCAUAUCUAGCUAACAAAAUACAAAAAAAUAAAAUAACAUUUGAAGAAUGUGUACUACUUCUAGAAUGUUUUACCAUCUUACCAUAUGUAGAUAAUAAUGUAGACGAAAUUAUCAACAUUAUAUUAACAAAUCUAGAAACAAUUAUAACAUUUAAUUAUAAUUAUAUAUGUCGAAUCUUACAAUGUUUUCAACAUCUAACCAUAUAUAAUGAUAAUAUCUUAUCAAAAAUUGAUUGUAUCAUUUUUAAAAAUAAAAAAAAUUUUGAACGAUAUUGUAAUUUAAAAGAUCUACACUUAUUUCUACAUUUCUAUGAAAAAAACCCAGACGAAUGGCAAGAAAUGAUCACAUAUUUAAAACAUCUAAUACAACAAAAAAGUAAUCAUGUUUUAAAAAGUGAAGAAAAUAACAUACAGCAAGACAAACAACAACCUCAAAGUAUUAAUAAUACAACGUCAGAUACGAAUAUUUAUAAUAUGGAUAAAAAGUUAAUAAUAUAUAAAUAUAACAAACUGCAAAAAUGUUUUAAUGAGAAGGAAAAAAAUAUAUAUGAAGCACACACAAAAGUUGAUGAUGAUAAAAAGGGUGAGGUGGAUGACUCACCUGUACAUGUCGAAAAUUCAAACGAUGUGCGUAAAAAGGUGUCUGACUAUAUAUAUUUCAAUGCCAUGAACGAACAAAAGGAAAAGAAAAAGAUAUAA